GCCCCGGCCCGUGCCAUCGUGAUAUCCAUUGAGUUUAGCCCCCGGCGCGUAACACUAUCUUCGUAGCUCAGCUCAAUUUCCCGGUCUGUAGAGAGUCCCCCAGACCUUCGGGCGAGUAGCGGCGGAAGACACAACAGGCAAUGGCCGACGAAGAUCCGGGUCUUGGCAGAUCCGAGGCUGCUAAAUGGUUUUCUUCUGAUAUCCCUGGCGCGGAGGGCCCGAACGGGUGGCGUCUCGAUGUCGUUACCCUGCUCGCUGUCAUCGGCGAGUCGUCCAUCGCCGAACACGCUCAGACCAUUACCGCGAGCAUCUUUUGCCUCCUCCCGCGUAUCAUCCCCGCCCCCCAGGCUUUCCUGAAGCCCUCUCGCCCGGUGCGCCUGCCCGAGACGACUGCCAAGCUGACCGGCGUCUAUAGCGGCGUCGUCCUCGACACCGUGGGCUUCUUCGCCAACAUCAUACACCCCCUCGAUUCGGUGCAGCCGUACGGGUUCCAGGUUCUCAGGAUCUCACAUACCGAUAGGAAUAGUGCCGGUGGCGUCGAGGUCCGUGGGCCCCAUAGGAGCGUUACGGCCAACCUCAUCACCCACAUGCGUUUCAAUGGCAGAACGGUCACCUCUCCGGGCCGGACCCUACCUACCUCCCAGCCGGGCGGGUCCCCGCAGGGCAACCUCAACGGGGCUGCGGCGGGCGCCGCCGGUACGUCCUCGGGUUUCCACUCGGCCGCCGAGGUCGAGGCUGGAUCUGCACCCAGUCCCGGCAUAACGAGACGUAUCACGGUGAAGAUGCAGGAUUUCGUGGCAAACCCGACGUUGGCAAACACAAAGGGGCGGCCCGCCAUCCCUGCCACCCUAUACUCGCCCGUCCACGUCCUGUCGGUCUUCUCUGCUCUUGUGACGGGAGGCAUCAUCGCGCUUGCCGCACAUUACCAGGACGGCACGGCAAUCCUCGCCGUGUCCCUCGUCUCUCUAGCUAGCUCGGUCGUUGGCUGGGCCUCCUGGUGGAAGCCUCUCCUGAUGAUCCGCAGCCACACCAACAAGGUGCCAGCCGGCGACGUGAUCAUCCGAACACGCGAGGGUGCCUUCCUCCUCGUCAAGUGCACCGAGGACGUGGCUCGUGAGUUGUACUCUGGUACCGAGGAAUGCGAAUACCACGUUAGCGGAAACGCCUACAGAGUGCUCAUGGGAGCUGGCACCUGCUUGCUGAUGGUGUCAGUCAUCCUACUGGGUAACUGUAAGUGGAACAUCCAAAUCUUUGUCGGCGCGGCCUAUAUCGUCUUGAAUGGGCUCUACUGGGCCAUGGGACUGCUUCCGAAACGGCUCUUCUGGGAUCUAGACCGGUACCGCAUCGAUGACAUCACGCCUAAGCAAUCGCUGAAAGCCGACCGCAAGACCAGCGAAGACCCGCGGGAAGGCGUGGCGAGCUUCACGCGCACGCUGUGGUACGCGGUCCGCGAAACGGGGCGCACCGCCUGGGUCCACCGAAGCGGCGCCGCGCCCGACACGCCGCAGUGGCGCAUGUGGCUCGCGGAGGCGGAGGAGGCGGCCAAGGACGAGCACGCCAAGUGGAAUUGGAAGGCGGUCGAGCGUAAGGACGCGAUCAUGAAGCUGACGGACCGGGAGGUCGAGGAGAGGACCGCAGCCGGCCGGCAGCCCGCGCGGAACUUCGACGAGGCAGAGCAGGCCGCGCCCGCCGUCGAGGUGCAGGCCCACAACCGCGAGUACGGCGGCGGCACCUUGUAGGGAAGGGUGCCUCCCCCGUACGCGCAUUGCCCCCUCGCCCCGACGUUCCCGGCAGCUAAGCGUGCCGGGCGGUGCCUACGCUCUCUAGCGAGAGGAGUUUGGCGUGGUGGGGGUCGGGGGUUUUGUAUUUGUUUUAUGAGGUGUUAUAUCGCGGCGCACGUUACGCAUCCCCCGGGAGAUUGGUUUAGGUGCUAGAACCGGCAGAGGAGGGCCGCGACGAAGAUGACGACAAAAUUUUGCUCUCGGCGGCUCGGGUUUACGGCGGUAGACAUACUACACCUUCUAUGCAUACAUUCCAUAGACGGAAAACUUGGGCAAGAGAGCUUUCUUGGCAUAGAGGCG